AUGGCAAUCAUCUUGACUGUGCUGUUUUCUAGGUAGGUUUUGUGGUCUCCAACGUCGACAUUGAAUGGUCGUCGUGGCUGACUUGUUUAUGACUGUGGCUCUGAUGUAGUAGACAUAGUGGUUGCCGGCAUUUUACGCUUCAGAGGUCCUACCAGCAUAGAAGAGUUUCCUGAAUGCCCGUGUGAACUGCAGUGGUGUAGGACUGUCUGAAUUUCCACCCUGUUGUCUGAUUGCUCCAAAAAAAUUCUCCAAAGGAUCCUGAUUGGAUCCUGUCUACAAGAUGUUGUUUAUGGCAACAGUAUUGAUGUUAUUGCUUUGACAGAGACUUGGCUGUCCAAUCAUGUACGAAAUUACAAAAUUUUACCGGUUGGAUACAAGUUAAUUAGGCAUGAUCGGCAAACUUGCAAAUGGGGAGGUGGUGUAUUGUUAGCUGUGAUAGAUUCUGUCAGAACUGAACCAACUGACUUUGUUUCAGAUUCAUUGGAAUUUGCUUCUGUUGUGAUUAAUUCGUCAUCAAAAAAGUUGUUGUCGCUGUGUGUUGUCACCCUCCUGAUUCUUCAAUUGAUUUCCUGCACAAACUGAACAGUUUCUUGAAAUUUGUUGCUGAUUCUCAAUUUAAAGAUGUUGUUUUAAUGGGCGACUGACUUUAAUUAUCCCAAUAUUCAAUAGUCUGAUGGAACGGGUUUCUCUACCAUAGGAUCAGAAAUUGGUUUUAUUGACCUUGUCACUGACUUUAGUUACUUGCAAUUAAUCAGCUCAUCUACUUGCGGCCAUAAUCUCAUUGACCUGUUCUCACUACGAAUGAACAUUUGACUGACAACUUUGAAAUUACUGAUGAUUCCAUCCCCUUACACUCGGACCAUAAAGCUAUAUCUUUUGACUUAAUGUUGCUUGGUCCAAGUGGAAAGCUGCUUUCCUUACUGCUGCUGAUAGUUUUAUUCCGAAAACAUCGCUCAAGCGUUCCUUUACGCCUCCUUAUAACGCCAAGGAUCUACUUUACGACAUCAAUAUGAAUGAGUCCCUAAGGAGAAAAGCAAAGGCUAAGAACUCGCCUCAAUUGUGGGAGAAAUUUUGCAAGACUCUGCAACAUGUCAAAUGUUGGAUUAAUGCCAAGAAGAGAGAAUACUUAAAUGCACUUUCUCAAUCCUUAUACAAUCACUCCAAAUCAUUUGGGGGAUUUUUUAAGUCUAAAUCUUCAAAAUCUUCCAAACCUGAUGUAAUUAAGAUAGGGGGUCUUAAACUAUUCUCUUCUGGAGAAAAGGCUGAUGCUUUUAAUAUUUAUUUGCGUCAGUUUUUACCUCCGAUUCAAAUUCUUCUUUACCUUUAAUUUCUGCUUCGCAGUCAUCAUCAAACUUUCUUGACUAAAUAACUGUUUCUGAAUUUGAAUUUCAAUCUUUGUUAUCCAGUUUGUCACCCUCUAAGGCUACUGGGCCUGAUGGCAUACCAGCAUAUCUUUUAAAGCGCUAUUCCAAAGUCAUUGCUCCGUCCUUAACAGUUCUCUUCGAGUUAUCUCUUCAGCAGGGUGUAUUUCCUUCUGAAUGGAAAUCUGCUAAUGUGGUUCCAAUACCUAAGAAAGGUGAUGCUCAUGAAGUCACCAACAACAGACCUGUUUCAUUACUCAUGUUACAUGUUACAUGCUUGAUUUUUAGGCAGGUUUCUUCUUUCAUUAAGACUCUUUGUAUGACAUUCAACAUGGCUUUCACUGCAAUAGGUCAUAUGUUACUCAACUUUUGAAUGUGUUUCAUGAUCUCGGUCAUGCUCUUGAUUCUGGCAAUGAAACUGAUCUUCUUUAUCUUGAUUUUGGUAAAGCUUUUGACUCUGUAUCUCACAGCAAACUCUUGUUUAAACUAAAAUCUUUUGGAAUCGCUGAUUAUCUCCAUAAUCUGAAACAGUGUGUCGUCAUCGAAGGAGUUUCUUCUUUCCUUAACAUUAAAUCUGGUGUGCCACAAGGUAGUGUCAUAGGCCCACUACUUUUCAUUUUGUAUGUGAAUGACCUUCCAGAAGUAACAAAGAAUUCUGCUGUUGCACUUGUUGCUGAUGACAGUUACCGUGCAAUUCAGUCACCAGCUGAUCGAGAUCUCCUACAGACUGAUCUUGACUCUAUGCACAACAUCUUCUAA